UCGCUGCCCAAUUUCUUUGCACGCACAUGCAAACGCCCGGUUACCGGGAGAUAAGUGUAGGCAACCGCGGCAACAUGGCCUCCCCACAAGAACUGGAUUCGGGAGAGACGUCGGACAUGGAUACUACAGACUCGCGAAAAAGGCCUUUAGAUGGUGAAGUGGAAUCUGGUGUUUCAAAAAGGUCACAUCACGGAUCAGGUGGCUACAACGACGGAACAAGUUAUCAUUUCAAGAUCCUCGUGCCAAGCGUGGCAGCUGGGGCCAUCAUUGGCAAGGGCGGGGAAACGAUCGCACAACUACAGAAAGAAUGCGGGGCCAAAAUAAAGAUGUCAAAGGCAAACGAUUUAUAUCCAGGAUCGACGGAGCGGGUUUGCCUCGUGUCAGGAAGUCUAGAGGCCAUCAUGACGAUCCAUGGCUUCAUUAUGGAGAAGAUACGGGAGAAGCCAGACCCCAACUCGAAGCAGGCCAUCGAUUACGACCACAAAUUCGCAGCGGACCGUGAUAAACAGGUGAAGGUGCUAGUCCCAAACAGCACAGCGGGUAUGAUUAUUGGCAAGGGAGGCGCAUAUAUCAAGCAGAUAAAAGAGGAGAGUGGUGCCUUCAUACAGAUAUCCCAGAAGGCCAAGGACCAGCAGUUGACGGAACGGUGCAUUACGAUCAUUGGCGAGAAGGAACAAAACCAAAAAGCAGUUCAGAUGAUCGUCGGUAAGAUCGCCGACGAUCCGCAGAGCGGCAGCUGUCCCAACGUCACGUACGCCGACUUCUCCGGCCCCGUCGCCAACGUCAACCCGACGGGCUCGCCGUACGCGAUCCAGCAGGCCGGCGGGCAGACGCAUUCCAACAUGCUGGGCGGAGGCGGCGGCGGCGGCGGAGGCGGAGGCGGCAAUGGUGUGAGUGCGAGCAGCAUGAACGGGGGCGCCGGCAUCGGCGGCACGCUGGCGAGCCUCGCGGCGGCGUCGGCCGCGCUCGGAGGCGGAGGCGGCGGCGGCGGCGGCGGAGGAGGCAACCAGAUGUUCGAGCAGAUCCAGGCGACGCUGCGCGGCAGCGGCUUCACGGAGCAGGCGACGGCCGAGAUCACGGUCGCGAUGAACACGCUCGCCAACUACGGCCUGCUCGCGAUCGGCCUCAACGGCCUGCAGGCGCUCGCGGCCGCCGGUGGCGCCACCUCCACCUCCUCCGCCUCCCUCAGCAACGCGAACCUCUUCGGCAAUAACAACGCCAACUCCCUGCUGAGCACCUCGUUCGGCGGCGGCGGCGGCGGCGGCGGCGGAAACGGAUACGGGCCCGUCGGCAGCAGCAGCGCCCCCUUGAGCCCGGGUCGCGGCGGCGGCGGUGAGGCGUACGGAUGCCGAAUCAGCGACGCGGCGGCGUCGUUCGGCGACUACAAGAGCCAGUCGCUCGGCUCCAACAUGAUGGGCAGCCCGACGUCGUUCAACGGCGUGUCCAGCGGCGGCGGCGGCGGGAGCAAGAGUCCCGAGAAGGACCCGUCGAAGGUCGAGGUGGAGAUCAACGACAACAUCGUCGGCGCGAUCCUGGGACCGGGCGGCCGCACGCUGAUCGAGAUCCAGAACUACAGCGGCGCCAACAUACAGAUCAGCAAGAAGGGCAUCUUCGCGCCGGGCACGCACAACCGGCUCGUGUCGAUCGUCGGCACGGCGACGCAGAUACAGAUGGCGCAGUAUCUGAUGCAGCAGAAGAUCACGCAGGAGGAGAGCAAGCGCAUGCGACAGAACAGCAUGGGGACGAGCAGCCGCUAGGCGACGCCACCUGUACAGGCACGAGACGCGCGGUCUGGGUGCAGACCCGUGAACAGUGCACACGCGCACGUAUACACAUCAAUAUAUACACAAACACACACACACACACACCAAUACACACAAACAUACACACGUAUACACGCGCACACACACACCAAUACACACAAAUACACACGCGCGCGCACACACACACGCACAUACGUAUACACGCACACACACACAUAUGUAUACACGUACGACGACAGAUGACUUUGUCAUUGUAUAUGACUUGUAAUAAUAUGAGAAUGUUUUCGUUACUAUUGUUGUCCGUGACCGCCGUCCGGGUAGCAAUGGCAAGGGGGCGAAUUUCGUCCAUAGUGCUUUUAGGUUUAUACGAGAGAAAAAAGUUGCUGCAUCUAUAAUUUCGGAAAAAUAUCGGUGUGGAAAGUUAGCAUGGGACGUGCGGAUUCAAUCUUGGACUGUCCCACGGCACACGGCAGGUUCCUGGAGUGGACAAGCAGACUUCUUGUGGCCCACAUAGGAAGCUCGGCUAGGCAGUAUGUGGUAGAUAGUAAUUUCCGUUGAGUUUUAUUCAAGAGUCUUUCGAGUUGAUAGCAUAUCUGUAGCAUGUAGCGUAGUGAUUACUAGGGUGUUAUUAGUACCUGACAUUUUAAAGCAUUGGUGUUUUACUGUGAUCCAGAUUAUACUUUGAUAUUUUUGUUCACGUGAAUUUUCCUCUUCCUCCUGUAAAUUCUCACCAGAGGAUCUUGUCGUCAUGGUAAUCAUUAUCAUGCUUACACUCAUGCGAACUUGUGCACCCUAACCCUUUUCACUCAUUCUCAUAUUUAACUAAAGUGUAUGUGUGUGCCUACAUUAUAUCAAGAGCUAAUAAAUACCCAGAGUGCAUGUACAACGGGAAAAUAGUGCG